AUGGAAACUAGAAGCAAAAAGCUGAAGGAAAAUGACGAAAUGGAUGGUAAAAUUUCUAAAGCUGUUUGUGGUAUGUCUGAUUUUAAUGAUGAUAAACUUGAUGAUAUUAGUGUUAAUAGUAAGUCUUCAUCUCAGUUUAGUACUUCUAGAUUGAAGUUAGAUAAGGCAUUAAUUAAGAAGAAGAAUUUGGAAAGGAGACUUGAGUUAGAAAAGCAGCUUAAAAUGUUAGAUCUUCAAGAGGAGGUUGAUAUGGCCGAAUUAGAAUGUAAGGUCAUAGAAAACGAUAACCAACUGUCAGUAGACAAAGCUGAGAUAAAUUCUAAGGUGGAAAGGUACUUGGAUUGUGAUAUUGCGCGUAAUAAGGUAAUUAACACCUCAAAAUGCGAUUGUAUUGAUGAAUUAAAGGACACGUUACGUGCUACGGUUAAUAAUACAGUUUUGCCUAAGAUCGAUAUGAUGUUUUUUGACGGACAACCAAGCCAGUACCACCGUUUUAUUAGUCAGUUUACAAGCAUUAUAGAGAGUAAACUGUCUGACAAGGGCCAGUUGUUGUCAUAUUUGUCAUACUAUUGUAAAGGAAAGGCCAGAAUGGCUAUUGAAGCUUGUAUUUCCUUGCCCAGUCACUUGGGUUACGAUAGAGCUAAACAAAUUUUGUAUGAUCUAUUUGGUAAAGAACAUCUUGUCGCCCGUAAUCUUAUUACCGAAUUACUUAGCCACAAAUCUGUUGAAGGAUCCGUCGAUGGCCUAACUGACUUCGCAAUUAAGUUACGUAAUGUAUGUAUAACAUUGAAGGAAAUGGGGUAUAUGUCUGAUGUGAAUUCUACGGCUAAUCUGGAAAUAAUUGUGUCACGUUUACCCUUGGAAUUACAGAAUAAAUGGGUGGAAGCUGCUGAUAGGAUCAUGAUGACCGGUAGAGAGCCGAUAUUUGAAGAAUUAGUGAUGUUUGUAGAAGAAAGAGCCAGGAUUGCGCGAUCACGUUUUGGUAGACUGGUACAUUGUAACUCAAAGUUCCGUAAAGGUCCUAAAGAAGCAUCGAGGUCUUUACAUCAAGUUCAGUGGUGUCAUUGUUCUACUAAUGAUAUUUUGCGAGAUAUAGAAAGAUUAUAUAAUCAUGAAUUCGAGGAUGCAGAUGGGUUUCGUAAUGAAUAUUCUGUCGAAGAUAAAAGAGCUCUAGAAAUAGUUAAUAGUUCCUUUAGACUGGAAGGUGGCCAUUUCCAAGUUGGUCUACCCUGGAGGUAUGAUAAGCCAAGGCUACCGAAUAAUUUGGAACUAGCUGAACGUAGACUAGAGUGUUUAAGGAAGAGGUUUAUGAUGCAUAAUAGUCUUCUGGAGAAAUAUCAACUUGUAAUCAGUAAACAUUUAAGCAAAGGCUACAUCACUGAAGCUAGUAAGGAGGAAUUCGACCGUGAUGCUGUUUGUUGGUAUAUUCCUCAUCAUCCUGUUAUCAACCCUAAAAAGCCUGGAAAAUUAAGAAUUGUUUUUGAUUGUGCAGCUGUCUAUCAAGGUUGUUCUCUUAACGAUCAGCUUUUGAGAGGACCUAAUACUGUAAAUAGUUUGAUUGGUAUACUUCUACGAUUCAGAUUAUGCAACGUAGCAUUAGCCGCUGACAUCGAGGAGAUGUUCCUUCAAGUAAAGAUCCCGAAACGAGACAGGGGAGCGUUUCGACUAUUAUGGUGGGAAGACGGUGAUAUAGGACGAAAGGCUAAAGAAUAUUGUUUGACAGUUCAUCCGUUUGGAGCCGUGUCCUCUCCCUUUUGCGCUAAUUUCGCUCUUCGGAAGACGGUAGAUAUAUUCGGAAAGGAGUUGAAUAAAGAUGUCCAGGAAGUUGUAGAUAAGAGUUUCUAUGUCGACGACUAUUUAACUUCAAUUGAUAAUGUGCAGGAUGCAAUCGAGCUUGCAAAAACCCUUGGUUUACUACUCAGAAAAGGUGGGUUCAGACUUACCAAGUGGAUAAGUAACUGUUUACAGGUUCUCGAAUCAAUUCAUCCAGAAGAGAGAGCAGAAGCCGUAAAAGAGAUUGACUUUGAGAGACUUCCUACGGAACGCACAUUGGGAUUAUUUUGGAAUACUAUGGUUGAUGCGUUUGAAUUUAAAGUUCGCAUACCGAAAUGCCCUCUCACUAGGCGAGGUAUAUUGUCGAGUGUAGCUUCAUUAUACGACCCCUUGGGAUUGUUAGCACCAUUCACACUUCCUAUGAAGCAGUUACUUCAACGUUUGAGUAAAUUGGGACUAGGAUGGGACGAAGAGAUUCCAAGUGAGGAAGGCAAACGCUGGUUGAGAGCUGUGCAUCUGGAGGUGGCAUAUAGUUUUACCACUGACUCAUUUAUCAUGGCACUAAUGAGAUUUGUCGGCAGAAGAGGUUAUCCAAAAGAGAUAUAUAGUGAUAAUGGAUCAAAUUUGGUGGGAGCUGAACGUGAAUUAAGAAAAUGUCUUCAAGGUUGGGUACAGGAGCGUAUACACUCUGAUUUACUAAGAAAAGGAAUUGACUGGCAUUUCAAUCCUCCAGCCGCUAGUCAUUGGGGAGGAGUGUGGGAGCGUAUGAUUCGCUCUGUACGUAGGGUAUUGGGUGCUCUUGUAAAGGAACAAAUUUUAACAGAUGAAUGCCUUGAAACUUUUAUGAUAGAGGCGGAGCGUAUAAUAAACAAUCGACCUUUGGUCCCCGUUACAGACGACUCAAAGGAUCUUGAUGCAAUAACACCAGCAAAACUAUUACUAUUGAGAGAGAAUGUUGCAGAAUUUACUGACACUGUAUCUAAUGACAGACUUGCUUCUAGAUGUAACCUUAUCCCCGUCCGACUAUCCAGGAAUCGACUUUCUACCAGAGGAAUCGCUUACUGGCCUAGAAUAUGCCGAUGA